CAGUUUGGCGUAAAGGCAAUUAUUUGCUCCCAGUAGAAAGUAACCACAAACCCCAAGGCCAAGGCUCCAUCUGAAUCUCCGAUGGGUGUCACCGGCAAAAUCAUCGACGGAGAUUCCGAGUCCACCCUCCUUCUCUCGGCCCCCACUACAACCACAUCCGCCGCCGCCGCCACACCCGAUAACAAACUCCCAAAAGACACAUUCCACUUUGCCUACAUAAUCUACUUCACGCUUGGCUGUGGGUACCUCCUUCCAUGGAACGCCUUCAUCACGGCCGUCGAUUACUUCGACUACCUCUACCCGGACGUCAGCGUGGACCGUAUAUUCGCCGUCGUAUACAUGGUGGUGGGCCUCGUCUGUCUCCUCCUCAUCAUCCUCUACUCCCGCAAGUCCCACUCCUUCGUCCGCAUCAACGUCGGCCUCGCCCUCUUCAUCCUCGCCCUCCUCGUCGUCCCCGUCAUGGACCUCGUCUACAUCAAGGGCCAAGUCGGCUUGUAUAACGGCUUCUACGUCACCGUCGCGGUCAUGGCUCUCUGUGGCCUCGCUGACGCGUUGGUCCAGGGUGGUGUCAUCGGGGCCGCCGGUGAGCUCCCCGAGCGCUACAUGCAGGCCGUUGUUGCUGGCACCGCCGCUUCAGGGGUCCUGAUUUCUCUUCUACGGAUCAUAACGAAGGCCAUAUACCCACAGGAUGCCAAUGGCCUGAGAAGCAGCGCAAACCUGUAUUUCGGUGUUGGUAUCGUGGUUAUGGCUGUAUGCAUUGUGUUUCAUAAUGUAGCACACAGGCUUCCGGUUAUAAAGUACUACAACGAAUUGAAAGCUCAGGCUGUAAACGAGGAGAAAGAAGAGAAAGGUCCCCUCACGGGGCCUGUUUGGAGAGCAACCUUGUGGAGUAUCGUAGGAAGAGUGAAGUGGUAUGCACUUGGCAUUGUCCUCAUCUAUACUGUGACUCUCUCAAUAUUUCCCGGGUAUAUCACAGAGGAUGUGCACUCGGAGAUUCUCAAGGACUGGUACUCGAUCCUCCUAAUCACCGGCUACAACGUGUUUGAUCUGGUCGGAAAGUCUCUG